AUGGCCAAUAGUUUGGACUUUAAGGGCAAAGUAGCCGUCAUUACGGGCGCCAGUAGUGGUAUCGGUGAAGGCGUUGCCAAAUAUUUGGCCGAAUUGGGCGCUCAAGUGGUCAUCACUGGCCGUAACGCCGAUAAUCUAAACCGUGUGGCGAAAGCACUGGAAGUGGUGGCCGACAUCACCAGAGAAGAGGACGCCCGACGUCUGGUCGACGAGACGAUCGCCGCCUUCGCACGCAUUGAUGUACUGGUGAACAACGCGGGCCAGUCGUGGCCGACGUCCAUAUUUGAUCCCAAAGUGGUUCAAAACUUUGACAAUGUUAUGGAUCUGGACCUGCGGUCAGUCGUCUAUUUGACCUCAUUAUUUGUCCCUCAUUUGGAAAAGUCUUCGGGAAAUAUCAUUAAUAUGUCGAGUAUUAUAAGUUCGGUUAGUAAUGAGAUUUAG